AUGGCUUCACCGUCGAGAAAUAUCAUGGAUCAACCGGCCAGAUCAGCUUCGCCAGCUGGCGGCCAGCCUCGAUCGUAUUCCACUUCGGUUCCGCGAGCCGACUUGACGGCGCGACUUGCGUCUCCCAUCCCAUCACAACAACUCGGCACACCGCCCCCAAGAGGAGCCUCGCCUCGUCCCGACGCGGGCGAGCGCUCAGAUGCCCUCGAUGAGCUGACUCCUCUGAUGGGAACUGGUACAAGUGUUCAAGGACCUGGUGUAUCUGCUCUCGCUGCAGCUCUCUCCAACUCUCUAGGCCAGUCACCGCCGCGACACGGAACUCCAGCGCGUUUGGGAACGCCUCCGAUCCGAACGCAGUCUCCUGCCCUCGGCGGUCGAGGUUCAGGGACUCCGACCAACUAUGGCUCCUUCGAUUCAAGAUCACGGCCUGCGUUAGGCACUAGUGCGCCAUACGAAGAUCCCGAGAUUGUCAAGCGUCAUCUUGUCCAGCCGACGGAUGAGAACUUGGUAUCAGAAGAGUCAUCGAUCAAAGGAAACGUCAAAGGAAAACAGCCCGAGAUUGGCGGAGCAGGUUUGCAUGACGACGAGUUUUCCAGCUUGCGAUUGCAGGGCGGCGACGUCACUCGUGGUAUCUACAAGUGGACUGAGCAAGCUGAAGCCAGGGCCAAGAACCAGCGCAGUAAGAGUUUCGACCUGGGUAGACCCGAGCCCGAGGCUGAGGUCCUCGACAUCAACUCGAUCAAGGUGCCCGGUGGCUUCCGAAGAAACCACCUUCGACGCGUUGCCCGAAGUCCCAACGGUCAGGGAAGCCACCCGGAGGAUGGCUACGAUUCGCCCGCAGCCGGACAGCAGAGGCUGUUCACCUCGAGUUUCCUGGAGUUCUUGUCGAUAUACGGCCACUUCGCUGGUGAAGAGCUAGAGGAGGAUGACGAAGACCUGGGCCCCAACGAAUACUUCUCAUCGGGAGAGGAUACGGACGAAUAUGACUCGGCAGACGAGCGGGAACCCAUGGAAGACAGCGCCCUAUUGACUCCCUCGAGACGUAGGCGCAGACGAAAGGUUCGUGGCGGCAGCGGCAACAACAGUCCCAUGAACGCGGCGCUUCUGCUUCUCAAGUCGUUCGUGGGUACUGGUGUGCUGUUCCUCCCUCGCGCGUUUCUCAACGGAGGCAUGCUCUUCAGCAACCUGGUCCUCUUUUUCGUUGCUGCGCUCAGCUAUUACUGCUUCGUGCUCCUCGUCCGGACCCAGCUGAGGAUCGGUGGCUCUUUUGGUGAUCUGGGCGGCGCCCUCUAUGGAAAGCACAUGCGAACGCUUAUUCUGGCAUCCAUCGUCAUCAGCCAGAUUGGCUUUGUGGCUGCCUACACCGUUUUCACUGCAGAAAACCUGCAAGCGUUUAUCCGGGCUGUCUCCAACUGCAAGACGUCAAUUAGCGUCCCAUGGCUUAUUCUAAUGCAGAUGGUCAUCUUCCUGCCUUUCUCUCUCCUGAGAGAUAUUGGAAAGCUUGGAUUCACAGCUCUUAUUGCUGAUGCCUUUAUCCUUGUCGGACUGGCGUAUCUUCUAUACUACGAUAUCCUGACGCUCAACGAGAAUGGUCUUGCCGACAUCAUCAUGUUCAACGAGAAGGACUGGACUCUGUUCAUCGGAACAGCCAUUUUCACUUUCGAGGGCAUCGGGCUUAUUAUUCCCGUGCAAGAAUCGAUGAGGCACCCGGAGAAGUUUCCCAAGGUCUUGCUUAUCGUCAUGAUCAUCAUCACGGUGCUCUUUAUUGGAAUGGGCGCUAUCUCGUAUGCCGCGUACGGAUCUCACACGGAAACUGUGGUGCUUCUCAAUCUCCCUCAGGACAACAAGCUGGUCAACGGUGUCCAGUUCCUUUACUCGGUCGCCAUCUUGCUCUCGACGCCCCUGCAGAUCUUCCCAGCCAUCCGUAUCGCUGAGACAGAGUUGUUCACUCGCAGCGGCAAGUACAACCCUUGGAUCAAGUGGCAGAAGAAUAUUUUCCGAUUCUUUGUGGUGAUGCUGUGCGCAGCUAUUGCUUGGGGUGGAGCGGAUCAUCUCGACAAGUUUGUAGCUCUCGUGGGCAACUUUGCCUGUAUCCCCUUGGUCUACAUCUAUCCGCCCAUGCUUCACUACAAGGCCGUUGCUCGCAACAAGUUCUGGAAGUGGUCUGAUAUGAUCCUGUGUGUGUUUGGUUUCGUCGCCAUGGCCUAUGCCACGAGUCUCACUGUGCUGAGCUGGGCCAACGCCGACCCCAAGCCUCCGGGAUACUGCGACAAGAAGGGUAUGGGAUUUGGAUUCUAA